AAUGCAGUUAAAUAAUUAAAUGGAUGCAAUAUUCUAAUAAGAGAAAGAAUAAAUUCUUAAAGAAUUUGAAUCUAAACUUCAUCGACUAUAAUUAUAAGUUCAAAACAAAUAAUAUUAAGAUGGAAGUGAAUAUUUUGGAGAACUUAAUAAUGACCUAAGAUGGGGUUAGGGAGUAUAUUACUAUUUUACAGGAGAUGUAUAUGCUGGAUAAUGGGCCAAUGAUUUAUUUGAUGGAGAUGGAACAUAUAUAUUUGCAUCUGGAGAAAGAUACCAAGGUUAAUUGAAGGAGGGGAAAAAACAUGGUUUUGGUACCUACUACUAUUUGAAUGGUAAUAGUUAUACUGGAAAUUGGGCUAAUGAUAAGAAGUAAGGAAGGGGAAUUUAUGUAUAUGCAUAAACUAAUGAAAAAUAUGAUGGGGAAUGGAAUAAUGGAUUAAGAUAAGGUUAUGGUACAUUUACAUAUCAAUGUGGAGUGUAUGAUGGUGAAUUUAAUAAUAAUGUUAAAGAAGGUAAGGGGGUUUUAAAGUAUAAAAGUGGAGCAAUCUUAGAUGGUGAAUGGAAGAAGGAUAAAGUAGAAGGUGAAGCAAAAUUGACAUUACCAAAUGGAGAUUAUUAUAAAGGAACUUGGAUUGGAAGUCAUAUGAAUGGUUAUGGAAGAUACUAAUAUUAAAGUGGUGGAUAUUAUGAAGGUUGGUGGAAGCAAGAUUUAUUUCAUGGAGAAGGAAUGUUGACUUAUGAAAAUGGUGAUAUUUAUAGAGGAGAAUUUUAGAAUGGUCUAAAACAUGGAAAAGGAAUAUAUUUACAUUAAAAUGGUGAUUAAUAUGAGGGUGAAUUUAAAAAUGAUAUGAGAGAAGGGACAGGAGUGUUAAGAAUGAAGAAUGGAGAUAUAUAUGAAGGAGAAUGGUCAAAUUCACUUAAAGAAGGAAAGGGAAUCUACUAUUAUUCAAAUGGAGAUAGAUUUGAAGUAUUUAUUUAAAUUAAUAAAUUUAGGGUAAUUUUUUAGGUGGAAAAAGAUCUGGUCAUGGAAUUCUUUAUUGGUCAGAGAAAUAAUUUGUUAAUGGUUUCUGGGUAGAUGAUAUAAUGAAUGGAUAAGGAGUUUUGAUGAAAGAAAAUGGAGAUAAACUAUAAGCCCUAUUUAAAAAUAAUAAAUUAGUUGCAUGA